CCGCCGCCGCGCCGCCGCCGCGCCGACUGCGAGAUGGCGAUCUUGGGCGCGGAAGGGUGAGGGCGCCCGCCGCAGGAGGAGGCGCCGCCGCCGCCGCGGUGGCUGCCCGGCCCGGCCGCCCGGAGCCGACUGCUUCGCCCCGGGGGUUAUCUCUUCAGCAGACUAUGAGCUCCUUGAAAGAAAGAAUCGUGUCUUACUCAUCUUUGUGUCCCCAGUGUCUAGUACAGUUCCUGAUACAUAACAUAAACUGAAUUUUGGGACAUGGCCACUGCUUCACCAAGGUCUGAUAGUAGUGAUAACCACAGUGGAAGGUUACAGUUACAGGUAACUGUUUCUAGUGCCAAACUAAAAAGAAAAAAGAACUGGUUUGGAACAGCAAUAUAUACAGAAGUAACUGUUGAUGGAGAAAUUAAAAAAACAGCAAAAUCCAGUAGUUCUUCUAAUCCAAAGUGGGAUGAACAGCUGACUGUAAAUGUGACCCCACAGACAACCUUAGAAUUUCGAGUUUGUAGUCAUCACACUUUGAAAGCAGAUGCUUUAUUAGGAAGAGCAAUGGUGGAUUUGAAACAAGUCCUUUUAACGCACAAUAGAAAAUUGGAAAAAGUGAAGGAACAAUUAAAACUCUCUUUGGAAAACAAGAACGGCAUAGUACAAACUGGUGAGCUAACAGUUGUACUUGAUGGACUGGUGAUCGAGCCAGAAAAUCUAGCAAAUUGUAGCUCAUCUCCAACAAUAGAAAUACAACAAAAUGGGGAUGCCUUACAUGAAGAUGGAGACCCUUCGGCAAGGACAACUACCAGGUUGGCUCUUGAAGGUACUAAUGGAAUAGAUAAUCAUGUACCUACAAAUACUGUCAUCUCAAACUCGUGCUGUUCGUAUGUAGUUAAUGGAGACAACACACCUUCAUCCCCGUCUCAGGUUGCUGCCAGACCCAAAAAUACACCAGCUCCAAAACCACUCACCUCCGAGCCUGCCAAUGACACUGUUAAUGGAGAAUCAUCUUCAUCUGCACUAACUGCUAAUGCUUCUGCCAUGGGUACUCCAGUACCAUCGGAAGAACCCACAUUGACUUCAGAUUGCAUUAGCAUUACCAUCGAAGAUUCUUCUGUUCAGGAGCUACUGGCAUCCUCAGAACACAAUGAAUGUAUUCCUUCUGUCAGUACAGAAUUGGGAUCUGAAACUCAGAACGUAUUAGACCUUAACUCCUCUAAUUCUGGAAGUAGUUCUGCUUUUGACAAAUUAAGGCAAUCAGAUGGAUGUGUGGAGCCUCUUCGGCAGCAGUCUGGGAAUGCAAACACAGAGUCUUUGCCAUCAGGAUGGGAACAGAGAAAGGACCCUCAUGGUAGAACCUAUUAUGUGGAUCAUAAUACUCGAACUACCACAUGGGAGAGACCACAACCUUUACCCCCAGGUUGGGAAAGAAGAGUUGAUGACCGUGGGAGAGUGUACUAUGUGGAUCAUAACACCAGAACAACAACAUGGCAGCGUCCCACCAUGGAGUCUGUUCGAAACUUUGAACAGUGGCAAUCUCAGCGGAACCAAUUGCAGGGAGCUAUGCAACAGUUCAACCAACGAUACCUCUAUUCGGCUUCAAUGUUGGCUGCAGAAAAUGACCCGUAUGGACCUUUACCACCAGGUUGGGAAAAAAGAGUGGAUUCAACCGACAGGGUUUACUUUGUGAAUCACAAUACAAAAACAACCCAGUGGGAAGAUCCUAGGACUCAAGGCUUACAGAAUGAAGAACCUCUGCCAGAAGGCUGGGAAAUUAGGUAUACUCGGGAAGGUGUUAGGUAUUUUGUUGAUCAUAACACAAGGACAACAACAUUCAAAGAUCCUCGCAAUGGGAAGUCAUCUGUAACAAAAGGUGGUCCACAGAUUGCUUAUGAACGCAGCUUUAGGUGGAAACUUGCUCACUUCCGUUAUUUGUGCCAGUCUAAUGCACUUCCCAGUCAUGUAAAGAUCAAUGUGUCCCGGCAGACGUUAUUUGAAGAUUCCUUCCAACAGAUUAUGGCAUUAAAACCAUAUGACUUGAGGAGGCGAUUAUACGUAAUAUUUAGAGGAGAAGAAGGACUUGAUUAUGGAGGUCUAGCAAGAGAAUGGUUUUUCUUGCUUUCACAUGAAGUUUUGAACCCAAUGUAUUGCUUAUUUGAAUAUGCGGGCAAAAACAACUAUUGUCUACAGAUAAAUCCAGCAUCAACCAUAAAUCCAGACCAUCUUUCAUAUUUCUGUUUCAUUGGUCGCUUUAUUGCAAUGGCACUUUUUCAUGGGAAGUUUAUUGAUACUGGUUUCUCCUUACCAUUCUACAAGCGUAUGCUAAGUAAAAAACUUACUAUUAAGGAUCUGGAGUCUAUUGAUACUGAAUUUUAUAACUCUCUUAUCUGGAUAAGGGAUAACAACAUAGAAGAAUGUGGCUUAGAAAUGUACUUUUCUGUUGACAUGGAGAUUUUAGGAAAAGUCACUUCACAUGACCUCAAGUUGGGAGGUUCCAAUAUUCUGGUGACUGAGGAAAACAAAGAUGAAUAUAUUGGCUUAAUGACAGAAUGGCGUUUUUCUCGAGGAGUACAAGAACAGACCAAAGCUUUCCUUGAUGGUUUUAAUGAAGUUGUUCCCCUUCAGUGGCUACAAUACUUUGAUGAAAAAGAAUUGGAGGUUAUGUUGUGUGGCAUGCAGGAGGUUGACUUGACAGAUUGGCAGAGAAAUACAGUUUAUCGACAUUAUACAAGAAACAGCAAGCAAAUUAUUUGGUUUUGGCAGUUUGUGAAAGAGACAGACAAUGAAGUAAGAAUGCGACUAUUGCAGUUUGUCACUGGAACCUGCCGCUUACCUCUAGGAGGAUUUGCUGAGCUCAUGGGAAGUAAUGGGCCUCAAAAGUUUUGUAUUGAAAAAGUUGGCAAAGACACCUGGUUACCAAGAAGCCAUACAUGUUUUAAUCGCUUGGAUCUACCACCAUAUAAGAGUUAUGAACAACUAAAGGAAAAACUUCUUUUUGCAAUAGAAGAGACAGAGGGAUUUGGACAAGAAUGAAUGUGGCUUCUUGUCUUGGAGGAGCUCUUGCAUUUAAAUACCCAGCCAAGAAAAAUUGCACAGAUAGUGUAUAUAAGCUGUUCAUUCUGUACAGUGAAUUUUCUGAACCUCUCAAAGUAUAAAUGUUUUCCAUUCUUCCACAGAAAUAUGUAAAACAGUUCAUCGUUUUCUACUUUAUUUAUUUUUCCCUUGAAAUGACUGACCAGGAAAAAAAAUCAUCCUUAAAUUUUGAAGCAAGCAAGACUUUAUUAAAAAUAAGUAUAUAUCUAUAUAAACAUAUAUGAUUGUGGCUCUAGUUUUAUAGAGCUCCAAGUAUUAAACAUGCCAGCUGUUCCUUCAUAAAGGUAUGAUUUGCUUUACCUUUUCUGUUGUCCGGGGAGAAGUGCAAAUUGUCCCAUGGUCAUCUCUCUUAGGUAAUCAUUCCUAAGGGUAUUUAGUUGCAUGGCUGUUCAGGAAGGUAUUAAGGGCUUAUGCCAAAUCUUACCUGACUAUAUUAAAAAUGCUGCUGGCUUUUAUGAAGACAGGUGCUUGAACCUGUCCAUUUGUUUUAAAUGAAUAUUUGAAAAACUCCCUCUUUGCUCUAUCAGUAAUAACAGUUAAAGUAAUAAAUGAAACCUUAACUUACAUGGAGCUCAUGUACUCAAUCCAAUAACUGUUAAGAGAUUGGGAAGAACUCAUUGAGCAAUGUAGAGAUUUGUUUACAUGUUUCUUUGGGAUGUUAGGUAUUUAUGGAAUUUUAAAGAAUCAGGCAUUUCUGUACUUGUUUUUUUUUUCAAUGUGAUGUUUCUUCAGAUCUACUAGUAAUAAAUUGAUAGUUUGAUAUUUAGGAACAUAAAAAUGGUAAUGUGGACUCUGCCACUUUUGUUUGUGUUCAAGCUUUGGCAUUGUAAAAACAGA